AUGCCAGAGGAGAGGAAGGAGGGCAGAGAGACACACAUGGACAGGGCCGGUGUUUCCCCCGUGGUGUGCAACGGUGACCUCCCGCACGCCCUGCCUCAGCCGGAGACCGAGGGGAUGGUGCAGAUGAGGAAGGAGGGUGGAGAGGCACACAUGGAUACUGCCGAUGUUCCCUCUGUGGCAAGUAACAGAGAUCUUCCACACACGCCGCUUCAGCCGGAGACCAUGGUGGUGGUGAGGAAGGAAGGUGGAGAGGCGCAAUCGUCCAGCGGUGGCGAUGCCCGCGGUCAGGCAGAAAGCAGCGCGAUCGAGGUGAUGCCGCUGGCGUUUGCUGCCCCGAAGAGUUUUGCUGUUGCUGCUGCCAAUGGUUCCGUCGAGAAUGGGGGAGAUGGGGCUGAGUCAUUGCUGAUGGAGGGGAACAGAGGCCUGGGGAGUGGUCGAUUGGUCAGGGAGGAGGAUGUGGCUGGCAAUGGCAAUGGCAGUGUGAUGGAAAACAGAACGGGUAAUGGUGAAUUGGAGAGAAAAGAGGAUGGGCAUGAUACAGUGAGAAAGAAGAGGUGGUUGAUGUCUGCUGUAAAUCCCCCUCCCAAGAGGAGGGCCAUCUCAGCUGUACGCAAUUUUCCACCUGGCUGUGGGAGGGAUGCUGUUACUGGAACUGGCAGCAGAGUUGAGGAAGGGUCAGUAUUGGAAGCCACGCCUAUCAGUUUCGCUACAAGGGGCGCCUCUGUAGUGGAUGCCUUGACCACGGCUCCAGUUUCAGGUCAUGGUGCUUCCUCGAUGGUCGUGAGAGAUGCUUCCAGUGAGGAGGUGCAAGGCAAAAGAGCAGAGGUUGUAGGAGCGGGUGAUGGUGAGGUGAGAGGCAAAUUCGAUGGAAGCUUGCGGAAAGGUACUCCUAAGACUUAUGUGAGAAGUCGUUUUGUUGAUGCAAAGACAAAGGGCAAGCGACCAAAGAAUGUCGCAAUGAAUGAUACAUUGCGAGAUGAUGUUGGGGUCUCUGGAGACGGCACGCUGAAAAACAGGAAUUCAAGAGAUGAUGUGCGCUCAAAUAGUAACACGGAGCAUGGCGUUGUGAAGUUGAAGAGUUAUGGCAUAGGCAAGGACUCUUUGAUCAGCUCUUCUAAGGAGUCCAAGUGUGGAAAUCAUGAUAUGACCAAUCAAAGUGAAGAAACCGAUGAUUUGACCUUAAUUAGUGACAAGCUAAUCGUACAAGCAUUGAUGGCUCCAGACAAAUGCCCAUGGACAAAAGGAAGGAAGUCUAAUGCUAGUGCUUCCAACUCUCUUACUCCUAGGAACAAGUCUCUUCCUCCUAAGAAACCAAAGAAAAAGGACGCUACUCCAAGGAAAGAAUUGCCCCCCAAAGUGACACCUUCUACAUCGGCCGUGCAUGAGAAAAUUGAGCAUGGAGAGUACUCUUGCUUGGAAGAUGAUGACAACCCUAUGGCAUUAGUUGUCCCUGAAAGGAAAGAAUUGUGUGUCACUCUCCCUCCUUGUGCUCCUUUUGGGGACCAAAGUGUUGAUGCUCGAAGCAAAGUUAGGAAGUUGCUCAAGUUGUUCCAGUUGAUAUGUCGGAAGCUUAUGCAAGCCGAGGAACAACAAUUACGUAAUGUUGGAAGGAUUGACCUUGAGGCCGUUGAAGUUCUAAAGAAGUAUGAUGGAUAUUCUAAACCUGAUGCUAUCGUGGGCAAUGUUCCCGGUGUUGUUGUUGGUGAUGAAUUUCAUUUUAGAGUUGAGUUGUCGAUAGUUGGACUACAUAGGAUAUACCAAGGUGGCAUUGACUCCGCCAUUGUGGAUGGUACCCGCAUUGCAAUAAGCAUUGUCGCUUCCGGUGGGUAUCCCGAUGAGUUGUCUAGCUCGGACGAGUUAAUAUAUACCGGCUCCGGAGGUAAAGCCACCGGCAAGAAGGAGGCAGAGGAUCAAAAGCUUAAGGGUGGUAAUCUUGCCUUGAAGAAUUGCAUCAAAACUAAGACUCCGGUCCGAGUGAUUCAUGGGUUCAAAGGUCAAAGUAGAAGUGAAGUUGGGCAUUCUAAAUCCAAGCAAAUAUCGACAUACACUUAUGAUGGGUUAUAUGUGGUGAUGGAUUGUUGGCAAGAAGGAGCAAGUGGCUCGAUGGUCUUCAAGUACAAGUUAAAAAGGAUCCCGGGUCAACCUGAAUUAGCUUUACACAUAGUCAAGGAAACAAGGAUGUCUAAAGUUCGUAAAGGUCUUCGCUGUCCUGAUAUAUCUCUAGAGAAAGAAAGGAUUCCCAUAUGUGUGAUCAACACAAUUGAUGACGCGCAGCCAACACCAUUUGAGUAUAUCACCAAAGUCAUAUAUCCACCGUCGUAUGCAAAAGAACCUCCGCAAGGCUGUGAUUGCACCGACGGUUGCUCGGACUCUAGUAGAUGUGCUUGUGCAGUGAAGAAUGGAGGAGAAAUCCCAUUCAAUUUUAAUGGUGCAAUUGUUCACGCAAAGCCGCUCAUAUAUGAGUGUGGCCCAUCUUGCAGGUGCCCUCCAACAUGCCACAAUAGGGCGAGCCAGCAUGGUAUCAAAAUUCCGCUGGAAAUAUUCAAGACUGGGGAGACAGGUUGGGGUGUAAGAUCUCUCAGUUCUAUCUCUUCAGGCAGUUUCAUAUGCGAGUAUGCAGGUUUAGAAUCUUCUACCUCUGAGACAAUGGAGGAGACUGUGGGCUUCACAAUAGAUGCUGCAAAGUGCGGUAACAUCGGAAGAUUCAUCAACCAUAGCUGCUCCCCAAACCUGUAUGCCCAAAAUGUCCUCUGGGACCAUGAUGACAAGAGGAUGCCGCACAUUAUGUUUUUUGCUGCUGAGAACAUUCCUCCGCUUCAAGAGCUGACUUACCACUACAAUUAUACAAUAGGUCAAGUCCGUGACAAGAAUGGUGUGGAGAAGGUAAAGGAGUGCUUGUGUGGUUCCGCUGAUUGCUGUCACAGGCUUUACUAA